AUGGAAUGUUCUCAUUCCUUUUGCUUGGCCAGAUGGAUACACUGUGCGGAUUCAAAUGAGUGGUACGGGGUGAUCAACGGCACACUAUGGCGACUACGCCAACUGGACGAUUCGCAUCCGGUUGAGUUCCAACAACCUGUCGGAUGCAACCAGUCGCGAGGUUCUCAGUAUCCACCUGACCUUACAGAUUAUUUUCGUCUGGAUGUAUCCCUGACCAAGUUACUGAAGCAGUGGCGCAAAAACGAUCCGCAAUUCGCUCAUCCGGUUCACCACUCCACUGUCCGACCGGAUCGUAUGACCUGCGGAAUCCGAUUGUUACGCCAGGAUCCGAUUGAGACUGUGUUCUCUUUCAUGACUUCUGCUAAUAACAAUGUAGCACGUAUUACACAGCUGCUAAUGCGCUUGUCUCAGACCUACGGACAACCGAUCCGGUUGUCUGGUUCAUCUGGCUUUCAACACUGGAAGUUUCCUUCUCUGUCCACUUUGGCUGGUCGGGGUAUGGAAGAGAAGUUACGUGUGAUGGGAUUCGGUUAUCGGUCCAAAUUCAUACCAGCAGCAGCUCGAUGGAUUCAGUCACACGGUGGUGAAAACCGGUUACUGGGGCUGCGCAAAGCUUCCACUGACGAGGCACGUGAAUUUCUACUGAACAUUCCGGGAAUCGGGAACAAGGUAAGCGGCAUCCGGGGUUUGUCAUAG